AUGAGGACGAUUCUUCUAGACGGUGAACGCGUUCAAUUACAUCUAUGGGAUACGGCCGGUCAAGAACGCUUCCGCUCAAUGACUCUGGCUUACUACCGCGGUGCCAUGGGCAUCCUGCUCGUCUACGACGUCACUGACGAGCAAUCAUUCAAUAAUAUCCGAGCGUGGUACUCAAAUGUCGAGGAACACGCACCCAAGGGGGUCAAUAAAAUUCUGAUUGGAAACAAGUGCGACAUGCAGCAGGAGAAACGGGUCGUCUCUACCGAGCAAGCACAAGCCCUGGCCGACGAGCUGGGUAUUCCCUUCCUGGAAGUAUCCGCCAGAUCCAACAUCAACAUCGACAGGGCUUUCUUCUCCUUGGUCAGCGACAUCAAGAAGAGACUCGUGGAGAGCUCGCAGGUCGAAGGAGGCGCAUCUGUCAUCGAGAAGGAAGCUGAGGGAAGCCGGCAAGCACCUGCCAUGGGUGGUGGUGGUUGCUGCUGUUGA